UUUUGCGCCGUACCCCGCAUGAGCAUGGCCCAUAGCGCCAACAGCAGCACGGCAAGCAAGGCGUCCGAGACGACCAGUAAGGUCUGGCUCUUUGACGAGAAGCAGCUCGAUGACUACACCGUCUUCCACGACAGCUCGACGCACUACGACGAGAGCAUGCUCGACAAGACGGGCGACGGUGCGCUCCGCGAAGGUGGUGCCAUCCACCUUCUCAGUUCCGAGGCCCUCGGGCUCUUUACGCAGUACGCCGGCAUCGGCCUCAUCCUCGGGACGCUCCCAGCCUUGGCGUACCCGCUCUACAACGUCUACCUGCAGAUGCAAGGGUACCAAGUGGCGUCCUACUCGGCGCUCAUGAGUCUGCCAUGGAGUCUCAAGAUCUUUAUGGGCAUCAUCUCCGACUGCUUUCCCAUCAAUGGCUACCAGCGUCGGUCGUACAUGAUGAUCGGGUGGGUCCUCUGCGCCGCGAGCUGCGGGCUCAUGGCGGCCACGUCGUUUCCGGCACCAUACUAUGGCCGCAAAGACCUCGAUGGCCUUCCGCUCGCCAACAUCUCGGCGCACGACAAGGCCAACUACAUCAACGCGAGCGCGCCCAACAGCGGCGGUCUCUUCAUUUUGCUCUCGACGCUGGCGACCGUGGGCUCGGUCAUGGUCGCGGUCUCGUCCGAACCCAUCGCGCAGCGUGGCCGCAUUCAGACGACGUGCUAUGUGGUCCGCGACUCGUUCCGGCAAAUUCCGGCGCUGCUCGUGGGCUUUUGCAUGAACAGCUACCAGUACGGCGGGUCGUUUGACUGGUCGAUCACGCCGUCGGUCGUCUAUGGGAUUCUGGUCGUGCCGUCGCUCCUUGGCCUCGCCGCCUCGAUCUGGUGGAUGGUCGAAAUCCGCGUCGAGCGCGUCUCGCUGCGCCACUACUUUCGAGGCUUUUGGCAGCUCGUGCAGCUCCGCGUCAUGUACCAAUUCUGCGCCUACAACUUUUUCAGCAACGUCUUCUCGUUCUUUGACGAGACCGUGAGCAGCCCGAUGACGUCCGACUGGGUCCAAGCCGAGUCGCUCAACAUGCAACUCUUCUCGCUCGUCGGCGGUCUCUUUGGUCCUGUGACGAUGUGGGCCCUCGGCAAGUACGCGCUGCACUGGGAUUGGCGCUCGUCGAUUGUCUGGUCGAGCAUUCUCUGGGUCGCAAUGCGCGCGCUGGUCCAGCUCACGUGUGUUUGGGGCGUCAACCGCAACCAGUAUGCGUUCCUCACGGGCACGAUGCUCAUGGACCAGCCGAUGAACGUUCCUUUCCUCUUCUCCGCCUACGCCAGUGUCGAGAUUGCCGACGUUGGUAACGAAGGGCUCAUCUACUCGCUCACGUCGUCCGUCUCAAACCUCGGGUACCUCUUUGGCCCUGUCCUGUACAAGACGGUCGACUCGUUCUUUGACGUGUCGCGGGACGACCUUCGGCGCGACGACGCGACCGUGCGCUGGCAGGCGACGUACUGUUUUUUGAUUUCGUACACGGUCAAGCUCGCUGCGCUAGUCUUCCUCGUGCUCCUCCCCCGCCAAAAAGGCCAUGUGCAGCUGCUCAAGCGUCGCGGGGAGUCGAGUAAGAUUGGCGGUGCCGCCACCAUCAUUGGCUUCAUCCUCGUGCUCAUUUACGCCCUCGUGACGAACGCGCUCUCGUUCUUCUCGUCAACGUACUGCCUCCGGAUUGCAGGCGGCAACGGCUGCGUGUCGUCCCCAGAGUAGAUGUCUAGUGUCGAGUCGUUGAUAUAUAAGUAUACGAACAUGUGAGGUUCGAACAUGCG